CUCCACCAUGCAGCGCCCUCGUCGUCUUCGCGUGGGUGACACCGUCGCCUUUGUCGCGCCGGCGUCGGGCACGGCCGUGCCUGCAGCUCAUCGCCUCGAGCAAGGCAAGCGCUACUUUGAAGCGCAAGGAUACGUCGUCAAGGUGUACCCUUCGUGCCACAAGAUGGGGCCGUAUAGCUCAUGCAGUCCCGAGGAGCGCGCGCAAGAUAUCAUGGACGCGUUCCAAGACCCCGCGGUGAAAGCAAUUGUGUGCACGAUUGGUGGUCUUACGUCGCACGAAGUGCUGGAACACCUCGACUUCUCCAUCUUGGCCAAACACCCGACCAUCUUUUGCGGUUUUUCCGACAUUACGACCAUGCAUUUGGCCCUCCAAGCACAGGCCAACAUGGUCACGUUCUAUGGCCCGAGCGUAUUGUGCCAAUUUGGCGAGUUCCCUGCACCGUUAACGUACACGACGGACGCGUUCUUCCGCGCGACGAGCACCGUCGUUGGCGAUGUCAUGCCGUCCGACACGUGGUCCGACGACAAGUCGAUCAACUGGUUCACCAAGGCAGACAUGCACACGAUUCGACCCAUGAAACCCAAUGUGACAGGACACGAAUGGCUGCGCUCGUCGCCGCACGCUGCCUCGGGACGUCUCCUCGGGGGAUGUCUCCCUGUCCUGCUCAACGUGUUUGGCACCAAGUACAUGCCUUCGCUCGUGGAUUGCGUCCUCCUGAUCGAGACGUCCGAGUCCGAAUCGGCGUUUGACAAAGGCAUGAUCAUGGACCAAGUCAACGCUUACCUUGGGGUCCUCCGCAUGAACGGAACGCUCCUGCACUUGAACGGACUCAUUGUCGGCCGAGGGUUUGCCUAUACGGACGACCAAGUCGCCGAGCUGAAAGCGCUUGUCCUGCACCACACGCGAUCGACGACAUACCCCAUCGUUUACGGCGUCGAUUGUGGCCACUCGGACCCGAUCGCGACUUGGCCUCUCGGGGUGUCGGUGACGCUCGACGCCACCGCGAACCUUGUGACGAUUAACGAAGCCGGCGUUGACGACAACUAACCUGUCUAAAAGGUUUGCACAAGUUACCGCAAGUGGACUCUGCUGCUGGAAUUGAACGGCCGAGUGCGCGCUGUCCAGCAUUUCUUGUCCAUGCGCAUGGCUCGUCGGUUGACGUCGUCGCGAGGGCGCAUCGCCACGGAAGAGUUGCUCCCAAAUUCUGUAAUACCAUCGAUAGAAGAACGUGCGUGUAUCGUUGCCCGCAAUAUUUGUGGCACUCGGCUCGCCGACCAAGUGCUGCUGGCCA